CACAGCAAGUGUCAACAUCACUGUUUUGCUAAGUCAUUGCCAAGGCCUCGUUCAGCUCUACUCAGGGAAUGCCACCUAUGACAUAUGCAGUGCGUCUCCAGCGUGGAAUAUUCCUUUUGGAAACAGAACUUUCCAAAGUUCUUCUAACGCCAUUUCUAACCCAUAUGGUAGACUCUGGAUAAAAAUCCAAGAUCCAUCUUCAAUAAACCUGACAUGUUCCCAUAAAACCACUACAUCAAUGACAGAGUCUAGCACAAUUGCUCCCAGCAGCACAACUACUGCAAUCAAGGUUGUUCCAUACCAACCUGAACACAAAUUAACACCAAAAGAAGUGGCCUUCAAAAAUGCAGGCUGGCUGAUUGGCAUUGCAUUUGCCAGUGCAGUUGUGAUAUUUUUCCUUGCUAUUACUCUUAUCUACUUUAGGAGAAGACAUAUUGAAAAAAGACAAACUCGUAGGCAGCAGCAGUUGAGCCAGAGGUUUGAGAAAUUCGACAAUAUCCCAGACACAAAUGAUGACCAAGACAUGAGUCCCAGUGGGAAUACAGACAGCAGGUCCAUGCCAAUCAAACUGACUGGACAAAGAAGAAAAUACCAAGCAGAUGACGAAACCCUGCAACUGAAACCCCAAAGGGGCAACCAGUAUGAGAGUGUUGCUCUUCAUGCUUUUAACAACCAGGCGUUUCUCGAGGAUCUUGAGAUGCCAAAUGUACAAAUCCAGCCCAGACGAGUGUCCGUUUCAGACAUGCCACAAUCCUCUACACCUCCUGCUAUGAAAGUUCACUUUGAGGAUACCAUAUUUGAGAAGGGGGAAUGGAGAAGAAGCGAAGGAGCUUUCCAAAACAAAAGACCAUCAGUGAAAAAAUCAAACAGUCCCAAAUCAGACUUCGACUGGCUUAAUCCUAACUCAGACUAA